AUAACAAUAACGAAGAAUGUUUAGAGAUUUUGAAUAGCGUUGAAUCCACUGAAAGUCAGUCCACCCUGGCUAAAUCUGAAGCAGAAGGCCAACAAGGCAAAUCCAACAAUCUGGAGACUCUUAUCAAGCAUAUGCAAGAGACCGCUGACAGGCGGAAAGAGCUUGAAAAACAAUAUGCAGAUGCUGUCGCAGAGUUACAUAGAAAACAAGACGAAAUCCGUCACCAUCACUACGUCAGUAAAACCGAAAAACAGAAUGCCCAAGAAACAAUACAAUCUCUUGAGUCUAAGGUUCGUGAACUUCAAAAGAAAUGUGAACUGCAAAAUGUUCUACAUGAGGAGAUUGCUCUUGAAAUGGCGACUUUACGGCGCUCUCAGGUCAAACAUGCUUGGCGAUCAAAUAGAUCUCAUUCAGCUGAUGUACCUAAUGAAGCUUCCAAGUUAGAUCAAGAAAUGGACCUUUAUUUAGUUGGCAGUGACACAAUCUUUAGUUCAAAUCGGCCCCAUUCAUCAUCUUCCUCAACUUCUCAUUCCACAGUAUUAGAAAACUCAGUUUCUAGGAAUCUUCAUGUUCCUCUUGUAAAUUAUAAUUCUAUUUCAAACACUACAGGUACAAAUUUUAAAUCCCCCGGAACAACGAUAUCAUCUUCAUCGCCAAUCUCAUCAUCCAAUAUUUUCAACUCAGCUGCUUCUGAAAUUGAUAGAAUCUUAGCUCGGAUUGAACAAGAUAAUAAGGUUUUAUCAGAAUUAGAGAAGUCAAGAGCAACCGUUGAUUCUCCAUCUUCUAUGCAUCUCGAAAGACUGAAGGCACAAUAUGAAGAGGAAAGAGGAACAGAAAACAUGAGCCAUAGCCACAGACAUAUGAUGAGUAAUAUGAAGUCAUCUGUUACAAUGAAAGAGCUUGAUGUAUUAAUGCAAAAAUUAGAACAAGACAACAAAAUUUUAGCAGAACUCGAUAGAAAAAGAGCCACCUUUACUAAUAGAAGACCUUUUUCAGCAACACCCCCAGGUAGUAGAAGCAGUACUCCAUUAACGGGCACUUCUUCUCUAUCUGGUAUGCAUGUAGGCAGUAUCGGUCAGUCGGGCACUACUUACAAUUCCUCAUUACCUGCAUUACCAAGCAGUACUCCCUAUGCUACAACACCUGCCGUAACAGCCAAAUCAGAAGACAUGUACGAUGAAAUAGAUUACAUCGAUUUACCACAUAGAGGCCAGUGUAAAGUCUACAUCGCCCGUUAUAGUUAUGACCCCAUCAAGCAGAGUCCGAAUGAAAACCCAGAGGCAGAAUUGAAACUUACAGCUGGAGAUUAUGUUCUAAUAUUUGGCGAGAUGGAUGAGGAUGGAUUUUUUAAUGGAGAACUUAUGGAUGGUAGAAGAGGAUUGGUACCAUCAAAUUUUGUUGAAAAAUUAACCGGAGAAGAUCUUUAUGAAUUUCAAUCCCAAGUACUGUAUGGAACAAGAGAUUCAGACGAUGGAAGUACUUUAAUAUUUCGAGACGUUGAAGGAGAUCUUGCUGGAGACGAUCCACAAAUGUUCUGUAGACUAGAAUCUAAAAUUACAACGGAGGAUUUCCACCGAAUGAAUGAUUACAUUGAUUUAGAAGACAUUGAGGAUUUUGAAGAAGAUGAAAUAACAACUGAUUUAGAAAGAGAUGAAGGUCCAGUACCACCACCAACAAGACUAGUCUUAGAAAGACAAUUUAACAAGAGUAUCCUAAUCGGCUGGUGCCCACCAGAUGCCCCGCGAGGAACAGCAGAAGCUUAUCAUGUUUAUGUGGAUGGUGUUCCCAAAGCAACAAUAAGGGCUAUAGAGAAAACACGAACACUAGUGGAAGGAGUUGAUUGUAAUCAGCCUCACAGAAUAAGCGUUCGAUCUGUCAGUUCCACUGGUCGACAUUCCAGAGAUGCAGCUUGUACAAUAGUAAUAGGAAAAGAUAUACCAUUAGCUCCCGUUUGUGUCAAAGCUCUGAACGUCACAUCGACGUCAGCUGUUAUUAGCUGGUUGCCCAGCAACAGCAACUUCCAGCACGUCGUUGCCAUAAAUAGCGUCGAAGUGAAAACUCUGAAACCUAGUGUGUUCCGCCAUCCAAUCUCAGGCUUAGCACCAAACACUACAUACCGAGUGUCCGUCAGAGCUCGUCCUGCCCGGUUGUUCUUCAACCACGAUAAUCCGAAAAAGAUUGGACUGUUAACAUCAGCCAUUGAGUUUAAGACUCUUCCCAAAGGUUGUAAAGGUCUUCCUGAACCUCCUCUUGAUGUGCAAGUGGAACCAGGACCACAAGAUGGCACAUUGCUAGUAACAUGGUUACCUGUCACCAUAAAUAACAGAGGAACAUCUAAUGGGGCUCCUGUUACAGGAUAUGCUGUUUAUACAGGAGAUCGAAAAGUUCAAGAAAUUGAAAGUCCUACAGGAGAUCAUGCUUUACUAGACAUUUUAAAUCUAGCUCCUUUAAAGAAACGAGCCGUGACCGUGCGGACAAAAUCAGGAGAUAAUUUAUCCAUUGAUUCUAUGCCUUGUCUGAUUCCUGUGGAAUUAUUAAAAGGUGUAGCAGCAACACUGCUCCACCAGACAGAAACGGAUGCGGUCCACGUGGAAGAUGGCGAAAAGGAACCACAAAGACCACAAAGGAGGAGGUCUACAGGCAGCUCCGAUUCCGAAUCGGAUACAGAGCUAGCCGAACUUCUGAAGCAUGUGGCUCGCAGGACGGCUGAGUUCGAUCCUGCCGCCGCUGCUACUGAAGGGUCUAACGGGCAACAGGGAGCUAGAGUAGAAGACUUGGUAGAAGAAGGAAUUAGAUCUGAAUUAUCAGAUAUUGCUGAAGAACCUGAAGAGGAUUUAAUGCAUUCAGAACGUAAAGAUAAAAAAGGACAGCAGCAUUCCAGAGAGGGAAAAUCAAGGGAAAGCAAAUCUCCCAGAGAUUAUGACCGUAGAUCCGACAGAAGAGAUGACAGGUACGAUCGUCGUGUUGAUGAUCGUUACGACGACCGACAUGGUAGAGUAGACGACCGACGAGACAGAGAUACAAGAAUAGGAGACAGAAGAGACCGAGAUUAUAAGGAUGAUAGAUACGACGACCGUCUAGAUGAGAGGUCCAGAAGAGAUGGUAGAACAGACGACAGACGAGACCGUUACAAUGUCCGAGACGGUAGAGAUUCCGAUCUUCCACGCACAAAACACUCUCAAUCUCAUCCCGAUUCUCGGUCUCAUGAUCGACAUCAUGGGCGGUCAUCACCGACUAAUGUUCAUAGAGACUCUAGAGACAGGCAUUACGGUGGCCGAGGUGGUGUGGAGCAUCGCCAUAACUUAGAUGUGGAAAGAAGAAACUCUGCAGGGCAAGUUGUAAUUGAGCCUGAAGAGAAUCUUAGUGAUAAGGAAAUAUACCCUCAAUCCCAACAUGUUAUUCCAGCAAUAGAAAUUACUCGAGACAGUGAGCUAGCCAAUCAUGACGACUACAUGCGCGGUGGUCGCCGUGGCCAGUACUCUGAUGCUCAUAAAAGCCCAUCGUCACAAUACUAUCCAGGAGAUAGGAAUCGCCCUCCUGCCGCAUCACCAGCCCCCGUAAACCGAUACUCUAGAGGCCAAGAGAAUAGUUACUACGACGAUAGAGGUCAUAGUCGGUCUGCGAGGGAUGACUAUCACGGAAGGGAUGACUAUCGUGGCAGAAGUAGUCGCAGGAGCGAGAAAUCUCGUAUGUUCAUGGCUGUCUACGACUACGAUCCUCAUACCAUGUCAACAAAUCCAGCCACUGCCAAUGAAGAGUUGUCUUUCCACGAAGGACAGCUUAUUAAGGUAUUUGGGGAGAAAGAUAGAAAUGGUUAUUUUUAUGCUGAAAUAAAUGGUCGAGUGGGUUAUGUUCCUUAUAAGUUUGUCACAGAAGUUCCGUUAGAUGAAGAGGAAGCCAAUCACCACUUCAUGAAUGAAACUCUUUCUUCUCGCCAUCAUACAGGGGAUCCUAGUGAUCCAUGGUCAUCUCUUCCGGUCAAGAAAAUGGUCGCUCUCUAUGAUUAUGAUCCUCAGGAACUUUCGCCAAAUGUUGAUGCUGAAAUGGAGUUGCCUUUUAGAACAGGAGAUAUGAUUUAUGUUUAUGGAGAUGCUGAUGAAGAUGGUUUUUAUAUGGGUGAACUGAACGGUGAGAGAGGUCUUGUUCCGUCGAACUUUCUUACAGAAGCUCCUCCAGAUUUUAGAGACCCGCGAUUAGCUCAAUCUAGCCGUAGCGGAAGUGGUGCAUACACAAAAGAUUACCGAGAUAGUUCGCAACCCAUGCGUGGCAGUGGCAAUGCACAUUAUUCAUCAAGAACUUCCAAAGAUCACAUGCCAUCAGAUAAGGGAAGAUAUUCAGAGAGGCCUAGUUCAGAUCGAACUGGCUACGAUCGAUCUAGGGAACACACAAGUGAAAGAGACAGCAGGGGACAGUACAAUAGCUCAGGACGUUCAAACCAACACUGGUAGCGAAUAUUUGCUUUAAAAAAAUUAACCAACAGAUAGCCAGAGAAUCAACUGUAUGUAUUACAAAACUUGUUCUUCCGCCUAAAAAAUAAUGUGCUACACUAUCAGUGUUUCUCUCAGCUAUUUUCUGUCAUAAAAAUAUACAUUGAGACUCGCUAUAUCUUUGUGAUUGAGUGUUAAAAAAAUCAUAUCGUAAUACAACAAAGAAAAAAAAAGAUUGAUGUACUUGAACUUAAAACUGACGCUUGUGUUGGCUUCUUGCUUGAGAAGUGUUGAAAUGCUGUUAUUCACUGCCAUUUAAGAUUUUGUUCAUCAAUCUUUUUUUAAAUGAUGCUGCUUCCUGAAAAUGUUUAAUGAAUGUUAAUGUUUUUAAUUGUUUAUGAAAGAUAUACCUGCCUCUAGUCAGUCGCUUGGGUUGCUUAAGGCUGAAAAAGUCUCUUUUUUUAUCAAUUAAAUAAAUUUAAUCAAAUCUAUAUAAUAAAAUGUAUUGGAUGGUAAAGAAUGGCAUCGCAUAUGCCAUUAACCGAAAAAAAUUGGCCGGCUUUACUUUCUAUUUCUUUUUUUAAUUACUUUAUUUUCUUACGUGACUUUUGCCAAUAACGAAUGAAACAAAUGAUUUAGAAACAUGACGGGGCGCUAAAAAUAUAGAUUUAGCACUUUCACGUAGCUCUCUCCAGGUUCGUGUUCGUAUGGUCUGCGCAGUUACAACAGUGCAAUCUUGGUUCUCUGCAGAUCUCGUGCAGAGCAACAAUAUUUCACUUUUUGACUUUAUUGUUAACGAAGACUCCGAAAAUAUAUAUUCCGAGCAGUUAUUACAGAAAAAUCUGUUGUAAUCAUGUUAUAAUUUUAUAACAUAUUAAUGGCAUUAAGUCUUUUUUUUUCUUUAAUUAAUUGUUCAAUACCAACUAAAAGAGUUUUCGAAAUAUACCCUUAUUUUAACUAAUUUAGUUUCAUUUAUUAAUUCGAAUAUCUCUGAUUUAAUAGUUGAACUUUAAAGAACAUUAUUGAAAUCUACAAAUGCAUCAAUUAAAGCUAAAAACACUUUUUUUUAAUUAUGAAAACCCAAGCCUGUUUAGUGCCUGCAGGAUGAUACUAGUAUAGGUGGUGUAGACGAUUUUAGGAUGCCACCAUCUUCUCAUUGUUGAAACUUUGUGCCUUUUCGAAUGUAAGAUGAAUAUCUAGUUCAGUUUUAGAGAGAUAGAUCAUUGCUCAUUCUAAGCAUGGAUGGAAAGAAUGAUUGAUGAAACGGAAAAUAAACAUUGAUGAUUACAGGGGCAAGGUAUACUUUUGUUUAUUUUCAUGUCGUAAUUUUAAAACGCUCCUCUCUUGUUUAUUUAAUUAAAAAAAACUGUAAUAAAAUUAAAUAUUUAAAGGAAUUAAGAUUUCAAAAUGGCCAAAUCCACUUUUCACUAUUUUGAGAGAAAUACUCAAAAAUUAUGUGUGCUUUGAUGUUCAUUAACUUUAAAUUCGUUAUACAUUAGGAAAAAAAGUAAAUAAUAAUUAUUUUUAAAUUAAAGUUAAAUCUUAGCACUUUAUUAAGGUGCCAGAAAUUUUUUACAAAAAUAGGGUUUAAUAUGCUGCAAUAUUUUAACAUUGUAAAACAACAAAAUUAUUAAAAAAUAUAUGUUGGACUUUGAUACCUUUAAAACCCAUUAAAAAUAGAACUUGAUAAAUUUUGCCUCCUUGAUUUUUGGCUUUUAUGUGUUUUUUUCCUUUUAUGGUGUUAGUAUAAUAUCUGUAUCGCCUGCUGCUAUAGAUGUAAAAAAACAUUUGAUCACUUUUAAAAACUAAAAUUGCUUAUUAAAAUCUUAUCUCAAGUUAAUUUUUCUGUAUAUAAAAAAAAGUGAGUGAAAAUUGCCCCAUGGAACUUAGUUAUAAAUAAUUUAUAAUUUGAACAUGUCUGUUUUUAAUAUUAUGCAUUAAACAAACUGAAUCUGGUCAGUUUAAAAUAAAGUUUUACUUAUUUAUUUAAAACUUUAGCUUAGCUGGCUUAAACUUUUUAUUUUUAAGUUAUUGGUACUUCUUUGACACCUCUUCUGCAUUUUAUUUUAAGGGUUAAAAUUGUAGUCUUUUUGGAAUUGGUCACUUUUGAAUCUAAGUCCUUCCUUUCUAUAUAUAUAUAUAUAAUAGGAACACAUGAUUCCUGUAUAAAUUUAAUACAAUGUACGUGUAAGCAUUUAUUAAGAGCAUUCAUUAUAUAACAACGAACAAUGCCAAAUUUAGGCAGCAUAAUGUUUUCAUAUCGGCAGGAUUACUAGAAAAAGCGUUAAACUAAAUAAAUACCAUUUUUAAACUGCAAAUUUUACAUAAACUAAGCAUAAGAUGCCUAGUUGAUAAAUAGUAUUUUACACUUUUCUCUACAUGCUUAAUUUGAUAAAAAGCGCCGGAGUAAAAUUAGCAUAAACAAUUUAAAAACUUCAGCAUCGCAUUUUUCUCAAGAAAAUGCUGUGAUAACUCUGUAUUUCUAUUAAUGUGUUAUAAUAAUAAAGUAAAUAAAAAUUUGUAAAUUUUGAUUGGUAAGGCAUCUCUAAAUGUAUUCUAAUUCUAGUCUUUUAUCAACAAUUUUUGAACUAUCUUUCCAUAUAAUGUAUACCAAAGAUUAGUGAGUAGUGUGAAUGUUAUGAGUGCUAACUAUACGAUAUUUACAAAAAUAAUACUUAUUAAGCGAGAUCUAUUGUUAAUAUAAUCAAAAUAAAAGGUGUAAUUAUGAUAUUGCUCUUAAAAUUGCAAAAUAUUGCAGAGAUUGCUAAUUUAAAUCAGGCAAUUCUAAAUACCGCUAAAAAAAAAAACUCAUAUCAAUUAAUGAGCUUUGUGUGCAAUACUAAUAACAUUUAGAAUGCAACUUAUCUAUUUCAUAUAUUUAUCUAUAUAUAGUGAUAUUUAUUUUAAUGUUUCUUAUAUUUUGAUAUUUAAAACCAGAAAAAGAAAAGUACAUUUUUUAAAGCUGUAAGUGUAGCAUUUGUAAAAUGUAAGAUGCUAUUUAAGCUAUCAUUUAUUUGAUUUCAGUUUAAGUGUAGUAAAAGUGCAAAAAUGAAUUUCUGCUAAAAAGGAACUCUAAUGGAUUUUGGUUCUAAAUUUAGUGUGUUAGGUUUUUGGUAUGAUAUGGUGCUAAUUUUCCUAUAUUGCCUUAUUAUUGAACAAUCAAAUAUUUUAGUGAACUUGAUGUUUUUUUCUCCAUUAAUGUUUGUUUGUUAAAUAGUUUUCAAUAUGUUGCUAUUUAUUGUAAAAAUGCAGCUCUAUAAAAAAAAAAUUCCAGGUAAUAAUACAUUUUUUUCGCCUACAUAUAUACUAAAAAUUAACAGCAUUAACGGUUAUUAACAUUUUGCCACACAAGCAAACAAAAGCACUAAAUGCAACUUAAAUAAAGAAAUUGCAAGCUUAUUUAAUUAUUCAUUUAAUUUAUAUUUCUUACAUCACAUAAGAGAAUGACAAAAAAAGUUUCCAAACAUAACAAUUAAGCUGUUUUUCUUUUGCAUGGAAAAUAUUUUAAAGUAAGCAGAUUUUACUUCAAAUUAAAUAUCUAUUAAAUUUCAAUAACAAUUAAAUACGAAAAAAUCUUUGCAUUCUACUGAAUAUAACAAAUAAAAGUGGCGAAACAAAGAAAUAAAAUGCAUCCGAAAAAAAUUGAGCAUUUUUUGAAGCAUAGGUAUGCAAAAGAGCAAAAGUAUGCUUUUAAAUCUUUAUCACUGUCAUGCUUAUAACUCACACUUGACGGCUGUAUAUAACUUAAUUAAUAUAUUUCCCUAAUGCUUUUACCACCGUAUAAAUUAUUCGUAAUCCAUAUUUACCACAUAAACGCCAAUGUUAGCUGUCAUUGCUGUCUUAUGACGAACAGUUUGAUAAGAAAAAGUUUAACUCUCCUCUCGCUAAACUCGCGUUCAGCUUUUGGCCUAAGUGACCUUUCAAGAAAAUGCUACCCUCUGUGCGCAUGCGUGGAAAAAAAUGAAUGUCGGGACAACACGCAAUGUAUUGGCAUAUGAGAAGCAAGUGUAUAUCAUGCAAUGGCCCUUAAACUUUUAAAAUCAGAGUAGGACAUACCGAAUAAGUGAUUAAUGUGCACUUUUUAUCACAUUUAUCAAACAAUGUAGUUAUUGCUAAGAAUAACCAAAUCAAUAAGAAGAAGAAUGCACUUGCACUUGCACUGGAGUGAGUGCACUUGCCAGUAUUCUCUACAUUGAUGCUAUUUUAACUUCAGGUCAGACGAUAGAGAAAGAAGCAGUUCCCCAGGCCAGCAAGAAACAGAGUUUCUGCCUACCUAAGUGUACGUAUACACACAUGUACUAAUAUGAGAUAUAAUACGAGAAUACCAUAUUAAGGUCACUUCCAAUCUGAUCUUGAGCAGCUACAGUCAGAAAGGUUCUUUCCAUAUAUGAUACAGUGGAAGAUGAAGGAAGUAUUGCGAGAUCACAUAUGUGUGAUCAUAGUCUAAAGUUCUUAAGGCUAAGUCAUUGUCAAAUAUUGCCUACCACAGAGGAAUUUCCAGGCUUGUACACUGAGUGCAACACUUUCAUGAAAUGUCACUUGGAUCAAGAGCUAGACGCAAAUAUUAAAUUAUGAAUCAGUUUUUUUGAGUGAUAACUGGUUUUCUAAAAUUAACUCUUCAAAUUUUGCUUACAAAUUUAAUAUGGCUGACUAUAUAUAUUUUUUCCUAUAAUUCAAAGCGUCAAAGUUAGCCUGUUGUGUCUUACUGAUGAAUGUAAUGUUUUUUGAAAUAUUAUUCUUUGGUAUUUUUGAUGAAUAUGUUCAUGUAUAUAUGUAAUAUUUUGAAGUUCUAUCACAGAGAUGUACAGUUUUCUUUACUGUUAAUGGUUCCUACCAUGUACAUAAAUAUGUCUCAUACCAGCAUGCAGCCACUUGCUGUGUGUGUAGUGGACAUCUGUCUGUGCAUGCGUUUCAGUGGCCAUAAAUGUCAAAUAUCCACCUCA